AUGGCGAGUGCAUUUUCGAUUCAAGAUGACAGCAAUACUAAUACCGCAUAUUUCGACAACUUUACGUGCAUUAUAUGUUUGGAAGUGCUACAAGAACCCGUUCAGUGUGUGAAGAAUGAACAUUAUUUUUGUAAGAAGUGUAUAACCAAGCAUUUAAAGCGAUCACAAACGUGCCCUUUAUGUCAAGACAACCUUACUCUCGAAACACUUCGUCCUAUCCCGAGAGCUGUGGCGAAUAUACUCGAGCAGUUUCAAUCUGCGAGAUGUAUGUAUGCCAGUCGUGGAUGUACGACGGCAGUAAGACAUGAAGCUUUGUCGUCGCAUCACGAAGAGUGCGGCUUUGCUCCUGUGCAGUGUUCGUACGAUGGUUGUGAAGCCACGGUAAACAGACAAGAUCUCAUCAGCCAUCAACAAACCUGUGAUUUUCGAUCGAUAACAUGCAAUGAUUGUCACGAAGCGAUGAGACAACGAGAAUACAGAAAACAUCCUUGCGCUUUUCGGAACGAACUGGACGAAACUAAACGUGGUUUGGCUGAAGUUUGGAGGGUCUUGCGAGAAAUACAAGACGAACAGCUUCGACAAGGGGAAGAAAUGAGGCAAAUGGCGAGGGAAUUAGGACAACCUCAUACAACGCAAGGACAGCGAGGCAACAACCAAAGACAACAAAUAAGCGGUCAUUUGGGACAGCAAGCAAGCGAAACGGUGCAACCGAAUCCAACGCGAAGGCAACAAAGUGACAACUCAAAACAACCCGAUUCAACGCAACCACAACAGGGAUACGAUCACAUUCCAACCGUGCCAUCGUGCACAAAAUCAGAUUAUGUUGAAACAGUUCUUAUCCCAAGUCCAAUUCAAAGCAAAGCCACAGUCAACAAACAGAUUGUUGUAGCUGGAGGAGGCAGCAGGUCCUAUGAAAUCUUCGACUGA